GCGGGGGCCGGGCGCGGCGAGGGCUCCCGCGGAGGCCGCGCGGCGCGCCUGGCGGCCCUCUUCAGCCCCGCGAGGCCGCAGCUGCAGCCCACCUUCGUGCCGGUGCCCAGGAAGGAAAACACCAAGAAAAGGAAACGGGUCGGAGAAGAGGAAAGCACAUCGCAGCUCCGGAGACCGCGUGUGCAAGCAGGACCGGCAGAAGAAGCCCAAGUGAAGAAGAGGAGGCUGUCUGGGGCAGACAGGAACUUGGCGAACAGGGAAAGUGCUCUAGCAAGUGCUGAUUUAGAAGAAGUUCACCAGAAACACGGACAGAAAGAGCAGACCUCUCAAGCUGCUGUUAAAGGAGUUAGAAAAGAUCAUUGUGAUGUGGAUCACAGAGUUGUAAGUCAAAGGAAGAAAAUCCAAGUAAACCCAGAAGAAGAGAGAUUAAAGAAUGAGAGAACCGUGUUUGUUGGGAAUUUGCCUGUCACAUGUAAUAAAAAGACUCUGAAGUCAUUUUUUAAAGAGUAUGGACAAGUCGAAUCUGUCCGCUUCCGUUCCGUGAUUCCAGCAGAGGGGACUCUAUCCAAAAAGUUGGCGGCAAUAAAACGCAAAAUUCAUCCUGAUCAGAAAAAUAUCAAUGCUUAUGUUGUGUUUAAGGAUGAGAGUGCUGCCAUGAAAGCAUUGGAAAGAAAUGGGGCCCAAAUCGCAGACGGAUUUCGUAUUAGAGUUGAUCUUGCAUCUGAGACCUCGUCUAGAGACAAGAGGUCAGUGUUUGUGGGGAAUCUCCCUUACAAAGUUGAAGAGUCAGCUAUUGAGAAGCACUUUUUGGACUGUGGGAAGAUCAUGGCAGUGAGGAUAGUGAGAGAUCCCGUCACAGGAGUCGGCAAAGGAUUUGGCUACGUGCUUUUUGAGAAUACUGAUGCUGUCCAUCUUGCUCUGAAAUUGAACGACUCUGAGCUAAUGGGGAGGAAACUUAGAGUCAUGCGUUCUGUAAACAAAGAGAAGUUAAACAAAGAGAAGUCAAAUCCAGGUUGGAAAAAUGUCAGCAAAAGUAAGCAGACACUUGCUUUUGUGUCCAAAAAUGCGGCAGGGCAUUCUCAAAGUUUAUUUAUCGGAGAAAAGGCUGUUCUCAUGAAAAAGAAGAAGAAAGGACAGAAGAAAAGUGGACGGGCUAAGAAACAGAAGUAGUUUCCAGAGCCCCUCCUCCCACUGAGCGCUGCUGCUGUAGGUGGUAUGGCUGGUGCGUCAGCGCCAGGCUUUCUGUGGACCCUGUCCGUUAAAGGGGGACCUCCGCAUCCCAGUUUAUUUACAUUGUAGCACUCUGAAACGCUUCAGGUUAUGUGUUUCUACUGAUGUUGUAAGAGGUGACUUCAAACCGAGUAUUCAGGUGUAUAAUUAACACUUCAGACAGUUAUCUCCAGAAUAAAUAAACACUUCAUUUAUCUCCAGAA